UUUGCAGCUGUGGAUUUCUUCAAUCAGAUCAACAUGCUUUAUGGAACCAUCACAGACUUCUGUACAGAAGAGAGUUGUCCAGUGAUGUCAGCUGGCCCAAAGUAUGAGUAUCACUGGGCAGAUGGAACAAACAUAAAGAAACCUAUUAAGUGCUCUGCCCCAAAGUAUAUUGAUUACCUGAUGACUUGGGUUCAAGACCAGUUGGAUGAUGAGACAUUAUUUCCAUCAAAAAUUGGUGUCCCGUUCCCAAAGAAUUUCAUGUCUGUGGCAAAAACUAUACUCAAACGCCUCUUUAGGGUUUAUGCUCAUAUUUAUCAUCAGCAUUUUGACCCUGUGAUCCAGCUUCAGGAGGAAGCUCAUCUCAAUACAUCUUUCAAGCACUUUAUCUUUUUUGUCCAGGAAUUCAACCUUAUUGAUAGAAGAGAACUUGCACCACUCCAAGAACUGAUUGAAAAACUCACCUCAAAGGACAGAUAAAAGGAUGCAGAGCUUUGCAAAUUAUUCCUCAAAUGAAGCUGUGUGGAGUGUAUUUAGGUUUUUAUUGUACUUUGUUUUUAUCUGGAUUGUUUUUGUCUUAGGUUUGGGGGUCUGUUUGGAUUCCUUUUUCUUUAUUCUGAAUAUAUGAACCAUAUUCUAUUGCUAAAGGAAGCCAAGAACCAUUCUCUGUACAUUUGAUAGCGGUAAAUUUUGUCGUAGUGGCUGACAUACAGUAUUUUUUUUUAACUUGGUUUCGGUCACUUGCGGAGUUUUUUAUAUUGUGUGCUGAAAGAAAAUGCUUAUUGAUUGAACUGCUGGUGGAUGAGGUUCUGUGUUUUGUAAGUUGUGGCUCAUUUUUGAAGUCCCCAAAAGACUUAUGUUUUUAAGUGCCUUGACAGGCUCACUUCUAAGGUGCAGAGCACAGACAUAGAACUGAACAGGGCUCAAAACUAUAUUAGGAUUACUACCCAGGGCACUUACUGGUGCACGUUGUAAAAUAUCUAUGAUAAAAGCCAUAGUUUACUUAAAUCGGUGAUCUCCAGCUUUUACUUCAUUGAGGAAACAUAAUUUGUAAAGAUGUGCAUGUAGAACAUAAAAAAUUAAUAUUUCUUAAUUAUUUUUUAUAUUGAUGGUAAUAUAUUCUGUUCAACAAAUACUUAAAGUUCUACAAGCUGGUCUUUUUCCAUCUCUUGAUAUCUGUAAUAUUGAAACUUGAGGAUGUUGAAAUGUAAUAGCCAUUGCAUUUUGGCUUCUUUCUUCAUAUUAACUGCACUGUUGGUGUAAAAAUUCAGGUUAUAUAUAGGAUUGCCAUCUUCAGAGGUGAUGCUUAACUGUGAGGUUUCUUAGCAAUUGCCAAAUGAGCCAUAAGUCUGCAGAAUCUCCUACUUCGAAGAGGAGGGGAUAGGAGUGUGUGUUUGGUUGGGGGGGAGGGGUUAGUUUGUAUCAGAAUUUAGGGAUGGGAUUAAGUAUGGGGAGUCAAGUUUUAAAAAGUCCUGUCUUCAAACCCUUGAAGAGAAUGGCAUGAAGAUUUUAAUUAUAAACAAAGUCUUAGAGACUUCCUUUUAGGAAUCAACUUCCAUGAGAAGUUAAAAAUAAAUUAUUAAUUUUUGGUACAGACAUUAAACAUGGAAUUUGAGACCUGUUUGAGGAAAUUGAUCACUUUUUAGUAUUUCCAUUCAGUGAAUGGAGCUGGUCUUUGCCUAUCAUUUUACAAUGAUACAUACGGUAUGUUCUUUGCUUAUUAUAGGCCCAAUUUGAAGCAUUCUGACUUCUGAUUUUUCCACUGCGAAAGGAAAUCUUUUUCUUUGCAGUGAUAUCAAAUAGUGAAAAUGCUAAUUCAGUAGUUAUUAACUUUAAAAUUUUAUUUGCUGUGAUUUUCUAGUGAGUUAUUACCGUAAGUUCAGAAAAUUAGUAUUUAGAAUAAUUAUUUU